ACCAUCACAAGGAAUGGAUCUCUGUUGGUACUCUUGAAAAAAUUCAAGAAAGGAGGAACAAGAAGGCAGCUAUCAAUGUCUGCCGAACAAGAGCAGAGAAAGUUAAGGCACAAGCUUCAUACACAGAAGCAAACAGGGAAGUGAAGAAGAGCAUCAGAGCUGACAAACGAAAAUAUGUGGAAGAUCUAGCAAAGACGGCGGAAAAGGCUGCAAGAGAAGGAAACAUGAGACAAUUGUACGAAACAACAAAGAAGCUCGCCGGGAACUAUCGUAAACCAGAACGACCAGUGAAAAGCAAGGAAGGGAAAAUAAUCAGCAACACUGACGAACAGCGAAAUAGGUGGGUAGAGCACUUUAAGGAACUAUUGAAUCGACCAGCUCCACUGAACCCACCCAACAUCGAAGCAGCAUCCAAGGACCUCCCAAUUAAUAUUGGCGCACCUACGAUUGAGGAGAUCAGUAUGGCCAUCAGACAAAUCAAGAGCGGCAAAGCAGCAGGACCAGACAACAUUCCAGCAGAGGCAAUGAAAGCAGAUGUGGAAGCAACUGCGAAAAUAUUUCACAUCCUCUUCAAGAAGAUUUGGGAUGAGGAACAAGUACCAUCAGAUUGGAAAGAAGGAUACCUCAUCAAAAUACCAAAGAAAGGCGAUCUGAGCAAGUGUGAGAACUACAGAGGCAUCACUCUUCUUUCAAUACCAGGCAAAGUCUUCAACAGAGUAUUGUUAAACAGAAUGAAGGACUUCGUAGACGCCCAACUUCGAGAUCAACAGGCCGGAUUUCGUAAGGAUCGAUCAUGUACUGACCAAAUUGCUACAUUACGGAUCAUUGUGGAACAAUCAAUUGAAUGGAACUCACCACUCUACAUCAACUUCAUCGACUACGAGAAAGCAUUUGAUAGCGUGGAUAGGAAAACACUGUGGAGGCUUCUUCGACACUACGGUGUGCCUGAGAAAAUAGUCAACAUCAUACGGAAUUCUUAUGAUGGAUUCAACUGCAAAAUCGUGCACGGAGGUCAGCUGACAAACUCGUUUGAGGUGAAGACCGGUGUCAGGCAAGGUUGCUUACUCUCACCCUUUCUCUUUCUCCUGGUCAUCAACUGGAUUAUGAAGACGUCAACAUCUGGAGGGAAGCACGGUAUCAGCUGGACAGUUAGGACGCAGCUGGACGAUCUGGACUUCGCAGAUGACUUGGCUCUUCUAUCGCACACGCAACAACAAAUGCAAGAGAAGACGACCAGUGUAGCAGCAGCCUCUGCAGCAUUAGGUCUCAACAUACAUAAAGGAAAGAGCAAAAUUCUCCGAUGCAACACAACAUGCACCAAUCAAAUCACGCUUGAUGAAGAUGCUUUCGAGGACGUUAACAACUUUACAUAUCUUGGCAGCAUCAUCGACGAGAAAGGUGGAUCGGAUGCAGAUGUGAGGGCGCGGAUCGGCAAAGCGAGGGUUGCAUUUCUACAGUUGAAAAAUAUCUGGAACUCCAAACAACUUUCAAACAAAACCAAACUCAGCAUUUUCAAUACAAAUGUCAAGACAGUUCUACUGUAUGGAGCGGAAACAUGGAGAACUACCAAAGCCAUCAUCCAGAAGAUACAAGUGUUUAUUAACAGUUGUCUACGCAAAAUACUUCGUAUUCGUUGGCCAGACACCAUCAGCAACAACGAACUGUGGGAGAGAACAAGUCAGAUUCCAGUGGAGGAAGAAAUCAGGAAGAAGCGGUGGAAGUGGAUAGGACACACAUUACGAAAAGCACCUAACUGCGUCACGAGACAAGCCCUCACAUGGAACCCUCAAGGCAAAAGGAAAAGAGGAAGGCCAAAGAAUACAUUACGCCGAGAAAUAGAGAAAUAUAUGAGAGGAAUGAACAAACAUUGGACAGAAUUGGAGAGAGAAGCCCAGGACAGAGUUGGUUGGAGAAAACUGGUGAGCGGCCUAUGCUCCAUUGGGGGUAACAGGCGUAAGUAAGUAAGUAAGUAAGUAAUAUUUCAAACAAUAAUUGUGUAGCUAAAUUUAUGUAGGAGCCAAAUUGAGGUUUGGAUUGAGGAAUAACUAACUGUCCAGCUAGUUUAAAUGCGCGCUACCGCCCAGUCUGAAACCAAAACACAGUGACUGGAUAAAUGACGGUUCUAAAU